GGAAGUUUUCGAAAUCAUCUCUUCUAGACUCAGUAGAACAACAACAGAAACUCACUGGGACUUUUCUAAACGUGUCCUCUCUGGGACGAGAGCAUCGGUGGUCUUAACUCUCGGCUAACUUACUAAUAUAACUGAUUUUGAAAGACAACAAGGGCUAACGUUAGCACGAUCCAAAGAUAAGUGCAACAGAAACGAAAUGGGAAACUGUUCAGCACUUCCGUUUUGUCCGGUCGUGGCGGCUCCAGUAGAUAUUUGCUUCUGGAUCUGGUUCUGGUUUCAUUUGUAUGGUUUUUUAGCUGCUUCUGAAUGUUUGUUAGCCGCAAACGAGUCGAUCCUAUGUCCAUGGUUGGUUCAUAUAUAAUGUAAUGUUCGUCAAACAGCUAACACCAGCUAACUCUCAAAGCAGCAGCAUCGUCCACAGUCUCUGACAGUAGCUGUGGUUAACUCUCAUUAAUAACUUCAGCAGACGAACACUAACGAGUCUGAUGCCUUCACCACUUUUAGCUUCUUCACUUUUGUUACGACUCCAGAGACAUUAAGCACUUGUCCAUCUUGUAAAGGAGCUAAAGCGGUGGAUUUAUAUCUUGACUUUUAUUACGUCUUUGGCUGAAUUUGGAGAAGCCUUCUGUUUGUUGUGAUCCGUCUCCAAACAUCGUUCAGCAGCUGGAACACAUCCGGUCGCCCCCAUUGUUGUUUCCACAUUCUUUGUCUGUUUGGUUUCGUCGCUGCAACAUUCUGAGCUGUAGCCGUUUUGUUGUUCUGCGGGCAGCGUGUUUCCCUCUCACCGCCACACUCGGCUCCUCACUGACCGAACAUGAAGAGAUCCAGGGGCGGCUCUGAGGACGACCCUCCCCGGGAGAACGGCUCCUCCGGCCGCCGCAGGAAAGCGGAGCGACCGCAGAGCAACGGGGACGACAGCGACUCUGGCUACGGUCCGUCCGACCUGCGGGACAACGGGGACAAUGACCCGGCCGCCCGGAGGGAGAUACGGAGCAGGUACAGAGACCUGAUCUACACCGUGCAACAGAGUAGAGAGGACAUGCUGAACCCCUCCAACAACAAGCUCACUGAAGUUUUAGAGGAGGCCAAUAAGCUGUUUGAAGAUGUUCGACAGGCGAGGGAAGCGGCUCUGGAUUCCCAGCUCCUUGUCAUGGCCACAGACCUGGGGAAGGAGAAAGCCAGUCAGAUGUUUUCUGAAGGCACCGCUUUCGACCCCACCGCCUUUGCUGAGCAUCUUUUGUCCUUCAUGGGUCUGAACCGACUAGAAGACGGAGAGGACGAGCAGAACGGGGGCACAGUUGAGGGUUACCUUCCCCAGGAUGCCUGGCACAGAGUGGCCAGGAGAGCAGAGUGCUGUGUCCGGACCGCACCCUCCUUCCACUACAUGAUGGGCUCGUUCCAUGCAGAGCCACCUCCUCCAAAGCAAAAGAUAGUGCGACAAACUAAAGCAACUACGAAGGACACCCAAAGGAUCAUGCCCACUCAGCUGAAGAAAAUGGAAGAGUCCCAUCAAGAAGCGACGGAGAAAGAGGUUGAAAGGAUCCUAGGAUACCUGAAGAGUUAUUACAAAGACGAUCCAACGUCGCCGAUUUCAUUCUAUGAGUUUGUCAUUGACCCCAACUCGUUUUCUCGGACAGUAGAGAACAUUUUCCACACGUCUUUCCUGAUCCGGGACGGUUUGGCACGGAUGCAUCUGGAUGACGAAAUGCCUUGUAUAGCACCUGUAGAGGAGGGCGAGGCAGAAGCUGCAGGAUCAAUCAGCCGUAAACAGUGCAUCAUCUCGAUAAGUCCAAAGCUGUGGAAGGAGCUCAUAGAAGUCUUCGACAUCACACGCACGAUGAUUCAUCCUCCUAACACACAGAGCGAGUGAGGGACCGCGCCACUUUUUCUUACCUGAAACUGAAAUUGUUUUUUAGGUGUGUUGAUUUUUUUUUUAGAUUUCUGCAUAAUACAGAUAAAUUCUUUGAAAUCUUCUAAGAAAUGUAGAUCACUUUUUGAGUUCAUAAUAACUCAAAUGAACAUUUUAUUUUAAUGUUUGUUUUACUGUUUUUAGAAGUUUAAAUAAUAAAAGACAAAGAAGAGAAA